CUUUCUUCUCUGCUUCCACAUAGAGUCUAAAAAAUGGUCAGUAGAGAGAAAGAGUUUAAUACACUUUUGCAAAAAUCAUAAAUUCAGGAUCAAGUAUCGCGUAAUUUAGUUGAUUUCGAUUGAUGAGUAUUGAGAAAGGACAGGAUAAUCUGUGAAAAAUUGGGUGUUAGCUGCUAAUUCUGUUUAGGUUUCUUGAAGUUUGGUGUUUGAUUAUUGUUUGGAGGAGUGUUGUUCUUGUCAAGAUGAUGAUGUUUGAGGAAAUGGGGUUCUGUGGGGAUCUUGAUUUCUUUCCUGCUCCGCUUAAGGACGUGGAGGUGGCUGCUCCACAGACUGAGGCAGAGCAGGUGGUGGAUGAUGAUUAUAGCGAUGAGGAUAUUGAUGUGGAUGAGCUAGAGAAGAGAGUGUGGAGGGACAAGAUGAAGCUGAAAAGGCUGAAAGAAAUGAAUCAGGGGAUGGAAGAUGUUGAUUCUGUGAAACGACGCCAGUCACAGGAGCAGGCAAGGAGGAAGAAGAUGUCGAGGGCACAGGAUGGGAUCUUGAAGUACAUGUUGAAAAUGAUGGAAGUAUGUAAAGCUCAGGGUUUUGUUUAUGGGAUCAUUCCGGAAAAAGGCAAGCCGGUUGGUGGGGCAUCUGAUAAUCUUAGGGAGUGGUGGAAGGAUAAAGUGAGAUUUGAUCGCAAUGGCCCUGCGUCUAUAGCCAAAUACCAAGCUGAGCAUGCCAUCCCAGGCAAGAAUGAGGUAUCAAAUCCAGUUGGUCCUACACCUCACACCUUGCAGGAGCUGCAAGAUACCACCCUUGGUUCGUUAUUGUCAGCUUUGAUGCAGCACUGUGAUCCUCCUCAGAGAAGAUUUCCGUUGGAGAAAGGUGUUUCACCCCCAUGGUGGCCUACAGGACAGGAGGAUUGGUGGCCUCAAUUGGGUUUGCAGAAAGACCAAGGUCCUCCACCUUAUAAAAAGCCUCAUGAUCUGAAGAAGGCGUGGAAGGUUGGUGUCCUAACAGCGGUGAUCAAGCACAUUUCCCCUGAUAUUGCUAAAAUCCGGAAGCUUGUGAGGCAGUCAAAGUGCUUGCAGGAUAAGAUGACAGCAAAAGAAAGUGCGACUUGGCUUGCUAUCAUCAAUCAGGAGGAAGCUUUGGCUCGAGAACUAUACCCUGAUCGCUGUCCACCUUUGUCGUCAGCUGGUGGUAGUGGAACUUUCACUGUGAAUGACAGCAGUGAGUAUGAUGUUGAUGGUGCUCAAGAUGAGUGUAACUUUGAUGUUCAAGAGCAAAAACCACACCAUCUCAAUUUGUUGAAUGUCACUGUUGAGAGAUUCAACGAGAGGCUGCCUCUGCAACAACAGUCUCAUCCAAUCAAGGAUGAAAUGAUUACCAACUUAGAUUUCACCCGGAAGAGGAAGCAAUCCAAUGAACAGACUGUUACCAUGGCUCAGAUUUAUACGUGUGAGAUUCUUCAAUGUCCUUACAGUGAACUUCGCCACGGUUUUCAGGACAGAUCUGCGAGAGACAAUCAUCAACUGGCUUGCCCUUUCAGAAAUACUUCUCAAUUUGGAGUUUCAAAGUUUCCCAUGAACGAAGUCAAGCCAGUUGUCUUCCCUCAACAAUAUGUCCCGUCAAGUUCAGUUGCUCUGCCUGUUAAUCCAAGUCCACCUCCCUUUGGUCUAUUUGGAGUAGGAGUUCCUGAAGAUGGGCAAAGGAUGAUUGAUGACCUUAUGUCAUUCUAUGACUGUAAUAUACAAGGAAACAAAAGCCAAAAUACGGGGAAUGUUGCAGUGACCAAAGAGCAGCAGCUUCAUCAACAACCUCGUGUUGACCAGGUCAAUUACCUACACAGUCGAGGGAUGAUGGAGGGGAAUAUCUUCAAAGAUAUUAAUGUUUCCGCAAGUCAGUCUAUGCACCCACAAAGCAAUCCUGUUGAUCAAUGCAAGAUCCUAAAUUCAAGUGACAAUUUGCAUUUCAUGUUUGGGCCUCCGUUCAACUUACAGUCCACCAAUUACCCUGGAAGUCUGUCUGGCAUUGGAUGUGAUGCCACACCGAAGCAAGAUAUUCCAAUUUGGUACUAGCCAGGAUAUUGGUGAAAAAUAUAUAGUCAGUCAGGGCUUCAUAGAUAUAGCUUGUUCCCCAAGAUUGGCACAUCGCAUUAUAAUUGGUCUUCAUUAUCAGGUGUAUUUUUAAUCGCUUACAACUCUCUUAGUCAAGAUAUUUCUGUUCACCAUAUGUUGUAGAGUGUUGAAAGCUAGGCGGCAUGGUGUAACAAAGGAGAAGGAAGAGAUACCCUCAAGUAUUAGCCAAUGCUGCUUAUAGAAUGUAUAGAUAUCUGAUAAAUAAGUUAAGACUAUCUUGUUAUAUGUGUUGCAAUUUUGGUUUAAUCCAAACUUUCAGUUAUUUUGA